AUGGCGGUGGAAAGUGUGCCGCCUGCUGGCGAGUCUGUCAUCAUAGACGGCGGUCACGAACAAGGUGAAGAGUACAAUGAUGAUGAUGCCGACAUCGGAGAGACGGAAGAGACAGACGGAGAAGAAGAGCACCAACGUGACGAGGAAGACGAAGACGGAGAAGAAGAAGAAGAAGAAGACCACGACGACGAAGACGACGCAACGGCCAGCGACUCCAACUCCAACUACUCGUCCGCCUCGGAGGACGCCCUGCCGCCGAUCCACGAGUACGGCCACGUCUACCACGGCUCGGGCCGCAUGGUGACGCCCAACGACCCGUGCGAGAACCAGCGCCAGGCCUACCAGCACGAGCUCUUCACGCUGUGCCUCGGCGGCGCCCUGACCUUUACCAAGCUGCCGCUGGAGCUCCUGACGCCGGGCAGCCCGCGCUUCCACGUCCUCGACGUCGGCUGCGGCGGCGGCCACUGGGGCAUGGAGAUGGCCCAGAGCAACCCGCUGGUCGACGUGCUGGGCAUCGAGCUGAGCAGCGCCAACCUGCCCAAGGAGGUGCCGCCCAACCUGACCUUUGAGAUUGCCGACGCCGCCGAGGACUGGCCGCCGCGCCUCUACGACUUCAUCCACCUGCGCAACCUGGUCGGCGGCGGCAUCCGCGACUGGCGCCGCCUCAUCGUCCAGGCCUUUGACCACCUCAAGCCGGGCGGCCAGCUCGAGUUCACCGAGGUGACGCCGCUCUUCUUCGGCGUCGACCCGGACCCCAUGGCCGAGUCGUCCGACGACACCGACGCCGCCGGGACGGAGACGGAGACGGACCAGCGGCCCCGGGCGGCCAUUGGCGCGGCGACCAUCGAGUACGGCGCCGUCUUCGCCGAGAUCGCCGCCGCCCAGGGCAUCGACUUUGACCCGACGCCAAAGGUGAGGCCGUGGCUGCGCGAGCUGGGCGCCGAGAGCGUUCGCGAACGAUCGGACUGGAUGCCGGUGCGCAACUGGGCGCGGGAUCCGGUGGUGAGGAAGAAGGGCGAGAUUCUGUACAAGAUGCUCGAGACGGGCUGUAACCAUUGGACGCUGAGAAUGUUUGGCCUCGCUGGCUGGGAGGAAGCAAAGACGCGCGACCUGUUGGAAAGGGUCAUGCAAGAAUAUGACGAUCCGCUCCUCAGGAGCUGCAUCAAAGUGACGUUUAUAUCGGCGAGAAAGCCCGGCGGCAAAGCUACCAAGGCGAGGAGUGUGGAAAAGACACAAUGA